UGACGUGCGAGGGGGUGCGGCGCGAGCGGGCGGCGGCAGCGGGGGCAGUGUCUCCGGGACGCGCGUGGAGGUCGGUCGCUCGGGACUGCUGGGCAGAGUUUCGCCGCCUGCGGCUUCGGCUCGGCUGUGCCAGCGAGCGAGCGAGCGAGCGAGUCCCCACGAAUCCCCGGUGCAGCCUCGGGCUGUGCGCUCGUCCCCCCGCUCGAUCGCUCCCCCUUCCGCGGCCUCGAGGCGCUUUCCGUUGGGCAGAUUCCCGCCCGCUUCCUCCUGUUCCCCGUUGAAGCUCCAGAGAUGAGUGUUUCCAUCUCCUCAGAGAUGAACCAGAUUAUGAUGCAUGAUUAUCACAGAAGAAAUUCGUGUCUAUAGCUUUAAAGGACUUGAUUACAUCAUUUUCAAGCCUGAUAGUUUUUGGAAUCACCAUUAGAGCUUAAGACACCUCUGCCUUCACUUCAACCACCUGUCUUCAUACCUCAACGAAGUGCUGAGUUUCCUUUGUCCUUGGAUUAUUUAAAACAUCCCAGAAAUACAUUUCUCACCAGUAUAGUAGCCAAAUUUAUAAGGAAAAAUGAUUCCCAAUGGAUAUUUAAUGUUUGAAGAUGAAAAUUUCAUUGAGUCUUCUGUUGCCAAAUUAAAUGCCCUGAGGAAAAGUGGCCAGUUCUGUGAUGUUCGACUUCAGGUCUGUGGCCAUGAGAUGUUAGCACACAGAGCAGUCCUGGCUUGCUGCAGCCCCUAUUUAUUUGAAAUCUUUAAUAGUGAUAGUGAUCCUCACCGAGUUUCUCAUGUUAAGUUUGAUGAUCUCAAUCCGGAAGCUGUUGAAGUCUUGUUGAAUUAUGCCUACACUGCCCAGUUGAAAGCCGAUAAGGAAUUAGUCAAAGAUGUUUAUUCUGCAGCAAAAAAACUGAAGAUGGACCGAGUAAAGCAGGUUUGUGGUGAUUAUUUACUGUCUAGAAUGGAUGUUACCAGCUGCAUCUCUUACCGAAAUUUUGCAAGUUGUAUGGGAGACUCUCGUUUGUUGAAUAAGGUUGAUGCUUAUAUUCAGGAGCAUUUGUUACAAAUUUCAGAAGAGGAAGAGUUUCUUAAACUUCCACGGCUAAAGUUGGAGGUAAUGCUUGAAGAUAAUGUUUGCUUGCCCAGCAAUGGCAAAUUGUACACAAAGGUAAUCAACUGGGUGCAGCGUAGCAUCUGGGAGAAUGGAGACAGUCUGGAAGAGCUGAUGGAAGAGGUUCAAACCUUGUACUACUCAGCUGAUCACAAGCUGCUUGAUGGGAACCUGCUAGAUGGACAGGCUGAGGUGUGUGGCAGUGAUGGUGACCACAUUCAGUUUGUGCAGAAAAAGCCACCCCGUGAGAAUGGCCAUAAGCAGAUAAGUAGCAGUUCCAUUGGAUGUCUCUCUUCUCCAAAUGCUACAAUACAAAGCCCUAAGCAUGAGUGGAAAAUCGUUGCUUCGGAAAAGACUUCAAAUAACACUUACUUGUGCCUGGCUGUGCUGGAUGGUAUUUUCUGUGUCAUUUUCCUUCAUGGGCGAAACAGCCCACAGAGCUCACCAACAAGUACUCCAAAACUCAUUAAAAGUUUAAGUUUUGAGAUGCAACCAGAUGAGCUAAUAGAAAAGCCCAUGUCUCCUAUGCAGUACGCACGAUCUGGUCUGGGGACGGCAGAGAUGAAUGGCAAACUCAUAGCUGCAGGUGGCUAUAACAGAGAGGAAUGUCUGCGAACAGUUGAGUGCUAUGAUCCACAUACAGAUCAUUGGUCCUUUCUUGCUCCCAUGAGGACACCAAGAGCCCGAUUUCAAAUGGCUGUACUCAUGGGCCAGCUGUAUGUGGUAGGUGGAUCGAAUGGCCACUCAGAUGACCUGAGUUGUGGAGAGAUGUAUGAUCCAAACAUAGAUGACUGGACUCCUGUUCCAGAAUUGAGAACUAACCGUUGUAAUGCAGGAGUGUGUGCUCUGAACGGGAAAUUAUACAUUGUCGGUGGCUCAGAUCCAUACGGUCAAAAAGGACUGAAAAAUUGUGAUGUAUUUGAUCCUAUAACGAAGUCGUGGACAAGCUGUGCUCCUCUUAACAUUCGUAGACACCAGUCUGCAGUGUGUGAGCUUGGUGGUUACUUGUACAUAAUCGGAGGCGCAGAGUCCUGGAAUUGUCUGAACACAGUAGAACGUUACAAUCCUGAAAAUAACACCUGGACUUUAAUUGCAUCCAUGAAUGUGGCUAGGCGAGGAGCUGGGGUGGCUGUUCUUGGCGGAAAACUGUUUGUAGGUGGUGGCUUUGAUGGUUCUCAUGCCAUCAGUUGUGUGGAGAUGUAUGAUCCAACUAGAAAUGAAUGGAAGAUGAUGGGAAACAUGACUUCACCAAGGAGCAAUGCUGGGAUUACAACUGUAGGGAACACCAUUUAUGCAGUGGGAGGAUUUGACGGCAAUGAAUUUCUGAAUACGGUGGAAGUCUAUAACCUUGAGUCAAAUGAGUGGAGCCCCUAUACCAAGAUUUUCCAGUUUUAACAAAUUGAAGACCCUUUCAAACUAACAGGCUUAGUGAUGUAAUUGUGUCUAGUAUAGGUACACUUGUGAAUAAGGAGGGUGGGUGGGUAUAGAUGUUGCUAACAGCAACACAGAGCUUUUGCAUAUUGCAUAUUAUUAAACAUGCUGUACAUACUUUUUGUGUUAUUGGGAAAGGAAUGCAAAGAUGAAGGUCUGUUUUGUGUAUUUUUAGGACUACUUUGGUUAUUUUACUUUUUUGGAAGUUGAUAUUGUAAAAGAAUAAACCAAGAAUUGAUUGGGCACAUCA